ACAAAAAGUGAUGUUAGUUGCACAGUCGCAUGGUGGGGUAACAUAGAUUCGGAUGCAAUGAUAAUUAGCUAAUAGCAAUUAACAAUGCGUCAGAUAAGUGUCAUUUACUAGCUGUUAGAUUAAGUGAAUGACACAACCGCUUGGCAAAGAAAGCUCGCCUCGACAUGCCCAAACGUUCCUUCUUCGGAAAUGCGUGGAAUUUUCCUGAUCUCUUCUAAAUAUGCAGAAAAUCAACCUCCGGAAAGCCAUGGGGGUCGUCUACGAUCUUUCUUUCGCUUGUAUAAAAAAAGUCCGAGCUAGCUGUUUCUUGAAGCAGGGGAUCGAGAAGAGAAAAUCUUCGUUUGUCAAUGGAGGGUGCUCUGACAUGGACCAGCUGGGGCUCCGUCCUCGCGUCCUUCAUGUUCGUGGCUGCCUUCGCCAUUGACUAUCUCCCCUUCUCGCCCCGAAGUCUGUUGAUGAAGGUGUCGCACAGGUUGUUCGAUCUGCUGUACCCGUACGCGGAGGUCCGGAUCGACGAGAUGGGACAGGAGCACUGGUACCGGAGCACCAGCAAGAUCUUCGAGCUCGUCACCGUCUACCUGGCCGCCAACACCUCCAAGUCCGCCCGCAAGAUGAGAGCCUAUCUGGACAAGGACACGGAGAACUUGAAAUUGAGCAUGGACGAGCACCAACAGAUCACAGACCAGUUCCAGGGGGUCACCGUCUGGUGGUCAUCCAACACCACUUCUUCUCCCUCCUCCCCCUUCUUCUACCGCCAGCCUGAGGAACGCAGGUACUAUGUCCUCGCUUACAACAAGCGCUACAGGGAUCUGAUCACAAACUCUUACCUUAAGCACGUCUUCCAAGAGGCGAAGGCCAUUGAGGUGAAGAACAGACGCAGGAAGCUGUUCACCAACACGCCAAGCAGAGACCAUGAAUACUCGUUCUCAUCCAAGAAACAGGCAUGGAGUCCCGUCACCUUCGAUCACCCUUCCUCCUUCCACACAAUGGCCAUGGACCACGCGAAGAAAGCCGACAUCUUGGAAGACCUCGACUUCUUCAAGAACGGGAAGGAUUACUACCGGAAGAUCGGGAAGACGUGGAAGCGUGGUUACUUGCUCUACGGGCCGCCAGGGACAGGCAAGUCCACUUUGAUUGCGGCCAUAGCCAAGUACAUGGACUAUGACGUCUACGAUCUGGAGCUCACCGCAGUAAAGAACAACACGGAUCUCAGGAAGCUCUUGAUUGAAACAAGCAGCAAGUCGAUCAUCGUCAUUGAAGAUAUAGAUUGCAGCGUGGAUCUGACGGCCGACCGGAAGAAGAAGACGAAGAAGACGUCCGAAGAAGGCUCAUCAGAGGCCGAGGGGCCGAAACAUCCGGGAAUGGAACCCCCGGAGAAGGAAGAGAGCAAGGUGACCCUAUCAGGGCUGCUCAACUUCAUCGAUGGGUUGUGGUCUUCAUGUGGGGAGGAGAGGCUCAUAAUCUUCACCACCAACCAUAUUGAAAAGCUGGAUCCUGCACUGAUCAGGACGGGCAGGAUGGACAAGCACAUCGAGAUGUCUUACUGCACCUACGAGGGCUUCACUGUUCUUGCCAACAACUUCUUGGAUUUGGAAUCCCACUCUCUGUUUGCUGACGUCCGGAAGCUGAUCGAGAUUGAAAAGGUGGAAGUGACUCCGGCAGAUGUUGCGGAGAAGCUGAUGCCGAGAACGAUGCUUGAAAAACAGAGCAAGACUCCUUGCGUCGAGAAGGUGAUUGAGUUCAUGACGAAGGCAAAGGAAGAGAAGAUGAAGAAACAGAACGAUGGGGAGCCCCAAAACAACACAGAUCAAGAAGGAGGUGGCCUCACUCCUAGUGAUGGCAGUGGUUAGCCCUUCAGUCUAAACUAUCUAGUUUCUUUCGUUUUGAAUUUUGCUGGCUUCAGCAGGCACCAUAACACACGAGUCCUACCAGAAGUUACGUUCUGGGCAUCAUUUUAGUUGACGUCUGUUCUAUACUUGUAACCUUUCUUUCCUUGCUUUAAUUAUAUAGAUAAUCUUUCUUCUGCUAUCUUUGGGGAUGUAAACUGUUUGAAUGUAGGAUUUAUGGAGAGAAUAACUUGUUAAACUCAA